UUAGGUUGACCCAUGGUAACCAGUAGAAGGUUACGAGUUAAAGAAUUGGAUUAUUUGAUCAUCUGACUACGGGAGAGCUGAAGGAGUUGUGGCGACAGAAGAGCUAAAUAUUGAUACAUUUCGGCCGAUAGUUUUAAUUCUGCGGUUUGGAGUAUCUGCCUCCCUGGAGGGUGGCUCUUCAACGGCACUGUCGGAACCCCGGACCGAGUGAAAGGACGUGCGACUUGAUUUUUUUUUUUGGGAAAAAAAAAAGAUCAAAUUGUUUUGCUGCGCAGGAUGGUUUGAAGCGCACGGUGAUGGGUUGGACUACAGCUUCCACUAGUGGGCUCAAAGAUAAGCUGAUCAUCUGACUAGAGACCUAGCCCAGGGUGGUAGUUUUGUCGCUGCAGUUUGCUUUGCCUUGUGCGCCCGGGUUUGCCAAGAAAUAAGCGGUGCGUUUUGGAAUUGGUAGGAGCAAAGUUACAUCAGACUACAAACGCGCAAAAAAAAAAAUAGCGUGAACCAAAGUUUUUUUUUUUAAAUUGUUAGCGCAGUCUACUCAAAUCUAACGUAGAUGUUUUAAUUAUGUUUUCUGUUUUGUGGACCCGAUUCGAGGAACAUGACAUCUGGUCUAGAAAGUACAGAGAGUGGCUGUUUGAGCCACAUGUCGCUGGAGUUAUAAUUCGUGACGCGGAGUGCGGUCGAAUGAAUUUGUAAUCUUUUUUUUUUUGACAUUUUGAAUAAUAUUUGCCCGUACAUUUUGUGAAAGAUUGUUUGCAUGAAAAUGAUCUAAUUUCGAGUACAACCGUUUUAAAAUUCACUACAUUUGUUUUUCCAAAGACCGUAUAUAUAUAUACGUACAUGACAUCAGGUUGCUUAACAUAACCUUUACGGUGUUUUUUGAUACAUCAUUUAUGUUUUUUAUACAUAUCAAUAGUAGUAACACGUUAUUGAACAUGCUUGAUUGGACGCAUACUUUAUUACCAUUUUCAGGUAUUUAGGGUGCUAGUAAAUCUCGCAUAAAGUUAGGAGAAGCUUUGCGAGUGUGAUUAGGAUCUUUAACUGCGCGAGAAAUGUUAGUUGAGUUGCGUGGCUUUAGUUUCAAGGCUAAAGAGCUGUUUCAGGAGCUGCGAGUGAAUUAAUUUAACUGUUCUUGCCGGGUUUAAACGAAAAGUAAAAGCAAAUAAUUGCUUUGGGGAACUACAAAACGAUAAAAAAAAGGCUGGUAAACAAGGAAGCCGGCAAAAAAAUGGCCGGCGACUGCGCCUACAACAAGCCCUAUGCUAAUGAGGACACUUUCUGUAACAAACAUUUGCUGGAAAAGCAGGAACUUGGAGGGAAUGCGCUUAUCAGUGAUUCCGCAGAGGGGGAAACGGUAUCCUCGCCCUUCUUCGAGGUCAUCGAUGGAGUUUUGUACCGUAAAAAGUUGGAGAAGGGAUACAUUAACUACAGAGAAGUGCUGGACACGGACAGGAGGCGCAAUGCCAUUGCAACUUUUCAUCAGAAGAGGCUGGGGAAGACGCACCACACCCUGGAGGAUACCUACAGAUUUGUGGCAGAAAACUACUGGUGGGAAGGAAUGUUUUGUCACAUCCGAGAAUACGUCCUGGGAUGUGAGGAAUGCAGAGAGAAACAUGAUGGAGGACAUGUCCACCAGCAGCCGGUUUCCAAAACCUUGUCGUCGUACGGGAACGACUUGCUCUGCAAACUGAACGGCCAGCGCGGGGAGGGGCUCUUCUGCGACAUCACCCUGAAGGUGGGGGGGAGGUCCUUCUCUGCCCACAAGGCUGUGCUCGCCGCUGUGAGCGAGUACUUCCAGGAGAUCUUCACCGAGAUGGACUCCACAGCCAGUCCGCAGACCGCGAUCGACCUGACGGGGUACAGUGAGGAGAGCUUUCUGCCCUUGCUGGAGUUCUCCUAUAGCUCCACGCUGUCCCUGAAGCUGGAGAACCUCAUCGAGGUCUCCGCCAUGGCCAGGCACUUUCGGAUGUGGCCGGUCGUGGAAGUGUGCAAAGCCAUCGAGAGAGAGCAGGGACACAUGGGCACGAAAAACAAUUCGGGACUCCAUUGCCAGCGGGAGAGUAUCUCUGGGAGCCCCCCGCCUGCUUCCACAGACGCCUCCGUGUUCAUUUGCAAGAUUGAAGACCCACAGGACGGUGUGGCGCCCUCUGCUGGAAAGGAGGCUCCUUGUCGGAAGCAGGGGAAGAAGGCAAAGGCUGAAGACUGUCUGAAGACGACUCUUGGCUGGCUCGGGGAGUCCAGCAGAAGGGGUCCCGAGGAAAGCCUGGCACCCCAUUUCGAGAACGGUCUCGGGCUGGGAUUGGGUCCGUGCGAGGACCUGAGGGCUGAGGCCGUGUGCAGACCGUCCUGGUGCGCUACUCCUGGUCCAACGGUGCAGGAGGAAUCCUUCCAGAGCAGCUCAAAGAAAAGGCUGAAACUCAUGGAUUUCAAGUCGCCGUCCAAUAAGAGGAAGUCGCCCCGCAGCCUCACUGCUUCCGCGCCAAUGCCCUCGCCUGCUCCCCGGCACCCCAGCAUGACCUUGCGCUCCAUGCCCUUGCAGAGGGUGGAGGGGCCUUUGAAAGAAACGGUGGAGGCUGGGUCUGUCCUUCCUUCUGUGAAGUACAAGCAGAAGCUCCGUUAUUCUCACCCAGCAGAGUGUAGCCAGGAACCGGUGUCCUCUUCCUCCUUGGCCUUCAGUUCCCCAAUUAAAGAGGAGCCCAUAGAGGAAGAGGUGCAGUCGCCAACGACGCUAGAAAAGUACAAGCUCCUCAGCGUGCUGGGCCUGCAGCGCAAAUCCCUGGUAGUCUGCGGCGAGGAGCCCACCGGCUGGAGGCAGAAGAAGAGGCUCAGGAAACUGAAAGUGAGUAGCUAUUCUCUGACUACCAGACGAAAACCGAGAACGGUUCAGCCCAAUUCGGAGGCCCGCCCGGGAGAAGAGCGCCGCGGCGCGUCCAAGCCAACAUCUCUGGGUGAGGCCGGCACGCUUCCAGCCUUUAACUGCACAAAGGCAGAGGGAAGGAGAAGCCUGAGCAUUAAGAAAGCCAUCAAAACGGAGCCCACUGCCGUCAGCAUAGAGGAGCUGGGGCUGAAGAGAGGCGGGUGUGGCCUGACCCCCGACAGAAACACGAGAAGCAGGGCCGCAGCUGUGCAGUCCACGUUGCAGGCAGAACAGAGGGCUGCCCACGGCCUGAGGGAGACGAGGGCUGCCAGGUGCAGGAGUGACUCAACCCCCGCACUUCACACACAGCCUCUCUCAAGACUCCGGUCUGGAAAUGCUCACCUGCAAGGAGGGCUCAAAUACCCAGCAGGGUCUCGGCAGGGAACUGUAACCAGCACUCAGAAACGGCCUUUGAAUUUGGCUCCUAGCCACAUGGAGUCCUUCUUGUCCCUUAAAGUUAAGAAGUCCAUCUCCAGGGGCUGCUCUUUGGAGGUGCUGCCGGGAAGCGUCACAGGGAGCUCUGGUCGGGUGCUCAGGAGUAACAGGCAGUCUGGCACAGGCACGUUUCCCAGCUCUGCCUGCACCGGGCAAAACCUCUCGCUGAAAGCGGAAGUGCAGGAGCUGGAUAACUGUCCGCUUCAGAAAGACUGUGGACGAGCUGGAAGGGAAACCAAGCCCUGGAAUUUGGGUGCCAAAAGCCAAAGCCUUCAGACAGUGGUGUGCAAAACCGAACCCUUUUUUGACCUGGGGAAAAGGAAAAGCAAACCCACACAAAAGCUCCUGGAUGCUGGGUUUUUGUUUAGCUUGUACAGGCCGGGAAACGCCAUACUGAUGUCGAGCAGCGCCAUUAAAAGAGAAAGCACGACGCCCGAAGUGGCCCCCACGAAGCCGGUCUCUCGGAAAAGUACCAAAGAGGAAGGAUGUUCCAGGAGUGGGUUUUCGGAAAUAGCAGGCAGGACGCGAAGGGCAGUCAGAGAAGCGAGGGCCCUGCCUGGCUUUGACGGGCGCCUGCGGGAGGCCAAGGGCACUAGGCCCCAGGCCAAGAGGAGCGCGUCGAGUGAGGCGGGGCUGGCGCAGACCUCCGUCCGCAGAGCAGGGCUGGAGAAUGGGGGCCCGGCGAGGGCGCUGGCCGAGCGUGGGGCGCGACCCGCCGUCGCCAAGGAGGUACCAAAGAACCUGCGCCGGCUGCUGUGGCUCCGGAGCGGCCAGUCCAAGCUGCUGGAGAGCCUCCGGCGGAAACGGCUCAGGAGGCUCCGCGCGGCCAGGAGAGUCCCCGGCAACAUCGCCCCGGUGGUGUCGCACACCUGCCCCGAAUGCAGCGCCUUCUACAAGAACUGCGACACUCUCAUCAUGCACAGAAUCCGCCACAUCGAAGGGAAGCACUGGCCGUGCCCGUUGUGUAACAAAUCCUUCUUCAGGCAGAGGAAUGUACAAAACCACAUCCGAACACACGACCAGAAGCUCUACAAAUGCCGCCUGUGUAUUACGUAGGAAAAGGGGAGGGACUGGAAGUUUCGAGAAAAAGAUGAGUACUGAAGUCUGGAACGUUUCUCUGCAGAAAAUCCCAUCGUUUUUCACCAAAAGAUAUGUAAAUACACGUUGGGCGUUGGAGCAGAGGAUUUUUAGUUAAAACGUAGAUAUAAUUAAUAUUCAGAAGUAUGAUAGUCUCCCUUUUCAUAGGUACAUAGUUAAAUUUAAGCCAAAAUUGUUAAAACUUGAACCAGUUACGUAAGAGUAGGGUAGGAUGUUGAUAAUGUAAAAGAAUAUUUAAAGAUGGUUAUUAAGUGAUAUUUUAAUUAAAUUUUUAAUGCACUUAAUAGUAGCAUUAUUAUAAACCUAAUAAAUCAUGAAAAGAUAUCAAAUUGGUCUUAGUACUGGGUAUACUUGAAAGAAUUGAAGUUUUAUUAAUCUUGCCAGUCAAUCUGUCUUUCACAUCCUUUGUAAUAAUGCUGCAAUUUUUUUUUGCUGCAGUGUUUUAACAGGUUUCUAUAUCGAUGUUACAAUGUGUAUUUAAAAUGAGAACUGUUCUGCCUGAAUGUGACUUUCAAAAUGCAGUGGACAUAAUUUUUGUGACUGAAGUUUGACAGUUUUCGUGUUUUAAAAAGAGGGCAGGUGUUGCCUUUUUAUAUUUAAGAUCUUUUAAAUAUUUAAUGUUUGGAACAUUUAUUGAAUAUUAAAACAUUUUAGAAUUGGAUUUUAAGCCUGGAAAAUUGAAGCUUCUUGUAUCAGACUGUUGCAAAUUUGAAUAAAUUUUGCAUUUUUCACAAUGA